AUGGUGUUGCGGUUGCUAUCGCUGGCAGUUUUGGUAGUGGCAUGUGAAGCCCGAAUUACUAGCCAGUGUCAGUGCGAUGCGUACAUGAAGUGCGAAGAGACCCUUAAACAAGACAUAUCCUUUAAAAACUGUUUGAAGAUGUGCAAGAAGGAAGCAGGUGAUGCGGUGCCGAGGGAGUAUCCUGUUUGUCUAUACCAGUGUACCAGCAACGAGAGUAAUGUGUUGACGCGCCGAAAUUUCACCUUGUUCGAGGAGAUUUUCCAGAAAGACUUCGAGGAGAUCACCAGCAAAGUCGGUAAG